CUUGCAUAAAUUAUAAUGAAGUGGUUUUUAUUGUUAUUAAUUCUACAGUUCAUAAUGUGGAGUGCAUCAGAAGAACCACCAGGAACAAUGGAAGGGGAUGCACCUGAAUCUAUGCUACAUGCAAAAGAAAAAUGUGAACAAAAUAAAAGUCAGUUGGAAUCUUUGAAAGAAAUUAUGCUGAAAAAUAAACAAAGUUUAAAAAAGAAAGAAGAGGAAGUUCAGGAAUAUGCAAGGAGACUUUCUAAAAUUAAAUCUAGAGCUAAGUUAUCGCGUCGAAAUAGAGAAGGAAAUUUGCCUUCUAAAGAUAUAACUCGUAUAUCUGAGACUGCUUUAACAGAUACACCUGAAGAAAAUAUUGAUGAUAUUAGUCAAGCAAAAACUGCAAAAGCAAAGUCUACUUUACUCCAAAAAAAGCUAGCAGAGAAUAGAAAGGCUUUUGAACAACGUAAUAAAGAAAUAAGUGAAACUAAACGAGCAGUUGAAGAAAAAGUAGAAGCUAUUAGGCAACAAUUAGAAGAAAAAGAUGUGACAGUAAUGACUUUUCAAAAGGAUCAGAUAUCUAUUACACCUAUAAAACCAGUCAUGAUUACUUCUGAUAUCAUGUCACCAAUUCAAAUAGAAAAUAUUCAAGAAAAAGAAAGUAAAAUUACAGAACUUAAUAAUAAAAUUUUGGAGCUUGAAGCUACAAUUAUGGAUCUUCAGGAAAACUUAAAAGAAAAAGAUUCUGUUAUUGAAUCUAAGACAAAGGCAGUUACCCUUAUGUCUGCAGAUCUUUCAAAAAAGGGUAAAACGACGUUAGACACUCUAGAAGAUACAAAAGACGAAAUGCGAACAAUGCAGGAACACUUUGUACUUUUAGAGACAUCUUUGAAAAAUAAAAACGAAAAUCUCUUAAUGCAAUUGCAAGAAAGAGAUAAUAAAAUUACAGAACUAGAACAUUCAAUUGACGGAUUUAGGAAACAGAUUAAUGAGCAAAAAUUAUCUGAGACUGCCAGUGUCGAUUUCUCUCGUUCUACCAUGGAUACUUUGAUAGAAACUAAAGAAGCUAUGAAAUCAAUGCAAGAAAAUUUUGUACUCAUGGAAUCUUCACUUAAAGCGAAAAACGACAAUUUGUUGGAACAAUUGAAAGAUUAUGAGUUAAAAUUAGCAGAAGCUAAUGAACGAGUCUUUAAACUUGAAUCUGGUAUUGGAAUAGUCAGAGAUCCAACUGUUGAUGAUUUGCAAUUCAAAUUAGAAAAGUUGGAACAUAAUAAUAAACAAUUGCAAGAUGAAAAAUAUGAGUUACAAAAAAGCGUUGCAGAAUUACAAGAUAAAAUUGUAAAUAUAUCUAUGCAUGGUAAUGGUGCAAUAAUAGAAAAAGAUAAUAGAAUAAUUGAACUUGAAAAUUUAGUAGAAGAAUUAAAACAAUCUAAUAAAUUUCUUGAAGAAGAAUCUAAAGCAGAAUUACAGAAACAAGUAGCGGAUUUAACUUUAAAAAAUGAAGAGUAUUCAAAUAAAAUAACUGAUCUUGAAAACUUAGUUCAUAAACUUGAAGAAGAAAAAAAUGAAAUUGCAGCGAAGUUACCAGAAGAGGACAUUAUUAAAGAAGAUGAAAAAGUCGCAAAACUUACUAAGGAAUUAGAAGAAUUGAAUAAAAAUAUGAUCAAAAUUAAAGCAAAACAUAAAAGUAAAGUAAAAAGUUUACAACAACAAUUGGAAAAUUUUAAAAAGAUAUCCGAUACAAAUGCGGAACUUGUCAGAUUGGGGAAUCAAGUGGCAUUAUUAGAGGAGGAGAAAGGUAACCUUCAGCUGAGUCUGGUAGACUUUGACGAGCUUAAAGCCUCAGCAGGAGAUUGGCAAGAACGUGUUGUUGAUCUUGAAAGUAAAGUUUCUGCUCAAACGAAAGAAAUUGAAAUGCAAAUUGAAGCCAUUGCUACUCUAGAGAAUCAAAAAUUGGAUCUUUUGCAAGAGCUUCAUAUGGCGAAGCAAGAAAUCUCGUCUUUAGAGGCGGAAAAUGCAGAAUCUGAGAAUCUUAGAGUAACUGCAGAAAUAAAAGUCGUUGAUCUUGAAGAACAAUUAGAAGCUAUGCAUAGAAUGCAGAAUGAAAGUAAAUUAGAAUCUUCAUCAGAGGUUAAUUCUGCGGAGUUAAUUAAACAAGUGGAGACUUUAACACAAGAAAAUACCGAGUUAUACAAUAGAAUAUCGAAAUUCGAAGAAAAAGGGGCAUCUGAUACUGGAUCUACUGAAUCAUUUGAAGCUAUACAAGAAUUGGAUAAAACUGAUUUGUUGAAAAAAAUCGAAGAUUUAACACAGAAAAAUAAUGAAUUAACUCUUAAAUUGAAUAAACUUCAAGAGAAAGAAAAUUCGCAUGCUGAUUCCAUCGAAUCUAUGAAUAACAUCGAUAAAAAUGAAUUAUUAAAGAAAAUUGAUCAAUUAACACAAGAAAAUACCGAUUUAACAAUGAAGUUGAAUAGAGUGGAAGAGAAAGGUUCCUCGGAUACGGGUUCGACUGAAUCUUUUGAACGAAUACCAGAAAAUAAUGAGAGUAUGACAAAAAUUGAGCUCCUUACACAAGAAAACAGCGAACUUGUAAUUAAACUUACAAAACUUGAGGAACAAUUAGAAUAUAUCGAAUCUAAAUCAGAUAUUGAUUUGAAGUUAAAGAUUGAUACUUUGGAGCAAGAAAAUGAUAAUCAAUCUGUAGAAUUAUCGAAACUUAAAGUUCAAGUAAUGGAUUUCAUCGAAGAAAAUAAUAGAUUGCAUAAAGAAAUUGAAAUGUUGUCUAUAAACAAUACCGAUUUAAGCAUUGAGCCAGAUAAAUUAGAAGUUCAAAUCGAAACUAAACAAUCCGAAAUAUCUGAAGUAUCGAAAAGGGAUGUUGAUUUCAAAACACAAAUUAAUAUAUUGAUGGAAGAAAAAGAUCUUUUACAAAAAGAGGUAAAAGAAUUACGUAAUUCAUUGGAACAGUGGCACGACAAAAAUCAAGAUCUUCAAAUCAAUGAUUUGAAAACUAAAAUAGAAGAAUUGUUAAGAGAAAACGAAGAAGUAGUUACAAAAAUAUCAGAACUUAAAACCUUUAAUCAAAAAUUAGAAGAAAAUAUAACAAAAAUUACAGAAGAAAAAGAAGAAUUACAUUUAAAACUUAAUCAAAUGUUGGAUUCUAAUAAUGACAUUAAUUUAAAACUUAUCGAAAAAUUAGAUAAACCGAAUCUUGAAGAACAGAAUAUUCAAGAGAAGGAAAAACAACUCGAUGAACAAGUUAGUGCUCCUUUGGAAAAAUCUGAUCAAGAAGUACUUAAAACACCGCAAUUGGAUGAACCUUCGUCUCAACAAACAGAAUCGAUGAUCGUUGCUUCUUUGGAACAGGAGAUAGAAAAGUGCAAAAAUUUGAUCGCAGAACAAACAAGUCUAAUCGAAGAAAUGAAAGUAAAAUUAGCAAACAAGGAAAAAGAAUUGGAAGAGAAAAGUCAACGGAUCGUUGAUUAUGAAAAAUCUGGGAAGAAAGUCGAAACCUUGGAAAACGAAUUGAAAGAAAUGUUCAGUACCGUAGAAGAAUGGAGAUAUAAAUGCAAUGAAAUGGAAGAAAAAAUGGAGAAAUUGGAAGUAGGAAAAGCAUCCAUCGAAGAAAAAUUCAGAAUAUUACAAAACGAAAAUAAAAUAUUGUUAGAGGAAAAUAAAGAGAAAGAUGCAGAAACUGUAUUACUGAAAAAACAAUUGCAGGAUACAACGGUGACAUUUGAAUCGAAGCUUCAAAACCAAAUUUCAAUAGUCUCUGAAAAAGAGAGUGAAAUUAUUAGAUUGAAAGAAACUAUCGAGGAAAAAGAUCAAGAAUUACAAGCCAAAUAUACGGUGCUCCAAAAUAAAAUGAUUACGAUAGACAGUUUGCAAGAUGAGUUUAACAAUUGUAAAGUAUUAAUCCAAGAGAAGGAUUCUUUAAUAACAUCGAUGACCAACGAGGUUACAAAUCUGUUUAACCUGGUAAAAACUAAGGAAGAGGAAAUAUAUUCUUUGAGGAAAAAUAUUGCCGAAUUGAGUGACAAAGUAGAGGAGUCGGUACCCGUGAAAGAUUAUAACGAUUUGGUGGAAAAAUUGAAGGAUAAAAAUAUGAUUUUGGACGAGCUGGAGUGCAGGAUUAAUGCAACCGCAAAAGAGAAUAGUAACCUAUCGGAAAAAGUGAAAAAUUUGUCGCAGCAAAAUAACGAUAUUCAAAAUCAAUUAACGGAGAAGCAACGGGAAAUUGUUGAUUUAAUAACAACGAAAGAUCAUCUAGAGGCACAAAUUGCGGAAUCCAAAGGCGAGAAAGGUGAAGUCGAAAGGCGAGUCUGGGAGUUGCAGAGCAUUAUAGACAAUAAUACAAAGUUCGUCGACGAUUUGCAAGCGGAAUUGAGGAGCAAUUAUAAGCAGAUGGAACAAUUGAAAUUGAAGCAUACCGAGGACACGCAACUGCAAAACCAAAGGCUCGAAAAUGCGAUCGAAGAAUUGGCUGGGAAAAUGCAAGAAUGCGAGAUAUUGAAGGAGGAGUUGGAGCAGAAGGAGAGAUUGAUCGGUCGCAAUGUAACCGAGGAGGUUAAAGUCGCUUUGGAGGCUAAGGUUGCCGAUUUGGAGAAAAAGUUGAAAGAUUCCGAGGAGAAGAUACAAACGCAAUUGGAAAAGAUGAAGAAGAUUGCGGCCAAUUUGAAGAAGAAGACGGCUGUGUGCCAGGAGCUUGAGACCAGGGUUGCCGAGCUCGAAGAGAAAUGGACGACCGAGAAAGACGAGAAAGAGGCCAAGAACAAGCAAAUUCAAGACGUGGAGAUCGCGAUCCGCGAGAAGGACAACAGGAUAGCCGAACUCGAGGAGAAACUGGCCCAAUCCAGGAACGAGUCCGCGCAAGCUUCAAAGAAUGUCGAGAAAUUGACCACCGAUUUAACGAACUCGAAGGAGAGGAUGAGCUCGCUCACUCAACAAAUUACAGAGAUGGAGGAGGAAAUUGUUAAGUUACGGGCGGAUGUCGAAUCUUCCACGGCCGAUCUUACCACGGAGAAAGAGAGCAGGCGGGAUAUAUUGUCCGAGUACGAAUCUUACAGGCAGCGAGUCGUCGAGGAGAACGAGCGCAAGCAGUUGGAAUUGGAGGAGAUGAAGGAGAAGGCGAGAGAGCUUAGCGUGAGAAUGCAGGUUAUGGAGGCGGAGUACGUGGAACACCUCGCGUUGAUUAACGAUCUGAAGGCCGAGAACGGCCUCUUGUUGUCGAAGCAAGCGCAUAUAAACGAGAAAUUGGAGACGGUGGAGAAAGAGUCGGAGGAGAGGCGAUUGUUGCUCGAGCGGAUGGAGAAGAAAACGGUGGCCAACACCCGGGCUGAAACCACCACCCAGACCCAGGAGGAGGAGGAGGAGGAGGAGGAGGAGGCGGCGGCGGCGGCCACGAACGAGGACGAUACGAUGAAAAUGAGCGGGGCGCAACGUUGCAGCCAUUGCGAGCAAUGCCAGACGUUGGUCCAAGCGUUGGAGGCGAAAUUGCAAGAGCGGGAGGCCGAGAUAGAGAACUUGGACAACGAGUUGGCGAACUCGAUUGGCAAUUUUGUCCAGAUGAGGGAAUCCCUAAGGUUCAACGACCUUAUGAUGAACCAGACAGGUAUGAGGAACAGAACGCUCGAGGAUCCGUACAACGAUCUUUUAUUCCAGUACAACUCGUUGGCGUCGAGUCACGAGGAGGCGAAGGUAAAUUUGGAGAGAGCGUCGAAAGAGAACGAGGAAUUGAGGGAGAGGAUCGACCAGUUGAGCUCCGCGAAUGCCACUCUGGAGGAGAAGGUAAUCAGAAGCGAGCAGAUGUUGGAGGACAGUAGACGGAGCGUGGAAAGGUUGGAGAACGUGGAUGCGUUCAACUCUGAUCUGGUUAAAAAGUGGGAGGAACGGGGGGAAGAAUUGUUGAACGCGCGGCGGGAAAUGGAAAUUGUCCGGGAACGAGGGGAUGAGCUGGAGCGACGAUCGAUAGAAUCCCUCACGGAGGCGCGGAGAGAGACGGCAGAGAAGUCGUUGCAAGAGACGAGGCACAGGUUGGAACGGGAGAUCGAGUCUCUCAGAAUGGAGAAAGACUCGAGCGAGAGGAGGAUAAAAGAUUUAGAAACGGAGUUGGACGCGUACAGGAACAAGAGUACGGCAGAAUCGACGAGCGUGGAAUUAUCCGUUCGGGAUAACGUCCCUCGAUUGUUCGACGCCUCGAGAAUCUUUGGCAGCGCGCCACCCGAUUCCGAUCCCGACAAGGAGGUGAAGAGAUUGCAGAGUUUAUUGGAGGAGAAGGAGGCGCGAUGCUCCAAUCUGAGCCAGGAGAUCGAUCGGUCGAAGAGGACGAUGGUCGAGGACAGGGAUCGACUGAUCGAGCAAUUGAAACUCUCUCGAAAUGAGUUAGACGCAGCGCGAGCCGAUUUGGAGAGGGCGGAACAACUGUUGGCCGAGAGAGAGAAACAGAUCGACUCGUUGAACGUUGAGUUGCUUAACUCGAGCCGUCGAACAGCCGAGGAGGAUAAAUUGAAGGAAUCGUUGUCGGCCAAAGACGAUCAAUUGAGGGAAUUGAACGCGAGCCUGACCUCUGCGAAAGAGAGGUUGGACGAAACGAUCGCCGAACGAAAUCAACGAGAUUCCCUUCUACGUUCCUACGAGUUACAGUUGAACAAUUUAGAGACGGAGUUGAAAAAUUCCACCGACCUCGAGGCGAUCCAGGAGCUGGAGAAGCGCGUCCUCUCGCUCACCAAGGAGAGGGAUUUGCUCCAAUUGCAGGUAAACGAUUUGACCAGAUCGAUGGAGGAGUUGAGGGACGACUCGAUGAACCUUGGGCGAAGCUUGCACACCGAGAUCGAGAGAGUUGGCCGUGAAAGGGACGAGGCCAAAGAAACGAUCGCCGAUCUCAGCCGAGCGUUGGACGAGGCCUGUAAAACGACGACAGACGCGUCAACCAAGGAGUCCACCCCGUCGGAACUGAAGGGGGAUACGGAGAAACUCGCCACGGAGGAGAACGUGUCUUCUCUGAGUAUCGGCGAGGGGGCGUGGGAUGCCGGCUCGACGGAGAGGAUCAACGUCGACGAGGAGAUUUGGGGAUGGAGCGCGGAGGACGCGCAGCUGGCGAGCGAAGCCACGACAACGUUGAUCCCGAUGAACGCGGAGAUGCAGCUUCGAGCCAGGGUGGAGGAUCUUCAGGAUCGGGUCAAAGAUUUGGAGGAGGAGAGGGCGAGGAUGGCGGAGGAAAAUAAAGCGGCUCAGUUGAGGAACGCGAGGAUGAUAAAGAAGUUGAAGGAGUACAAGGUGCAGGCGGAGGGCCUGCAACGGCAAUUGAAGAUACAGAGGUCGGCCACCGACGGAUUGGAUUCGGCGAUCGAGGAGGAGUUGAGGUCGCAGAUCGACAGAUUGGAGAGGAAUUUGAACGAGGUUAAGGAGGAGCGGAGGAGCGCGAUGGCCGAGAAGGAGGCGUUGAUCAAACGGUUGGACGUUGUCGUCUCCGCGAACGAGAGAUACAUGGAGAUGAAAGAGAGGCAGGACAUGGAUAUGGAGGUACUUCGUAUUCGAAACAAAGAGUUGUCGGACAAGGUAGAAAUUCUGGACAAACGUUUGCAGGGGGGGAGGAACUCGUCGUUUCGGCUCGAGGAUCCCCCGUCGAGCGAGGGAGUCGAGGCCGAGGAGGUCGCCUUCGCCAGGGGGAACGGUUCCGCCGAGGAAACGAAGGAUUUCGAGAGUUUGUCGAAGAAGUACAAGGAGGAGAUGGACGAUCUCAAGGACGAGAUGGAGGCGCUCGCGACGGAGAACGAGCAACUUCAACACUUCCUCGAGGAGCAAAAGAUCAAGUUGUCCGCCUUAGAGUCGAAACGUAGCGCCGAGGAGGACGAGUCCAUCCAGAUCGUGGACGAGUUAAACGGGAAAAUUUCUGAAUUGCAGGCGGUGUUGAGUAAAUCUAGGGAGGAGUACGAUCUGUUGAGGAGGCAAUACGAGCAAAGCUUGAUGGACGCUAACGAUCAAGUAACGGCAAUGAGGCAGAACGCCGAUUACCUGAAAGAGGAGGCUUUCGAGAGGACGGGCAAAUUGGAAAUGGAGAUAGCCGGUUUGCGCCAACAACUCGAGGCUUCCGAGGCAAACGUUGCCGAGUUGCGAAAGAGUUUGGAGAGCGUUUCGCGGGAAAAAUUAACUGUGGAGGAAAGGUUAACGGAAUUGACGGCUUCCUCCGAGAAACGAGUCUCCUCUUUGAACGCAUCCAUGUUGGAGGUGACCGAUCUUUUGAAUAUCAGGAUACAAGAGGUGGCCGACUUGAAGCGAGAACUUCAGAAACAGUACGUGGACAACGAGGAAGCGAAGAUGAAAUUGCAGAAUACCGUGCACGAGUUGAAUCGAGAAUUCGACGAGAAGAGGCAAGAAAUGGAGAGUUUGAAGAGAUCGUUCAGCGAGAAGGAAAAGGAAUUUAUCGAACGGCAGAGCGUGGAAACGGUGAGCGCUCUGGUCGGCCAGGCGACCCAAGAAUUGAUGCAAAGACACGCGAUAGAAAUCGAGGAGAGGGAGAAACACUUGCAAAAUCUUAACGAGAGAUUGUCCACGUUUGAAGCAGCUAUGAACGAGUAUUUGCUCGAGAAGCGGAACAACGUUGCCCAACUCGACGCCCAAAGACAAGAAUUGGACGUUUUGAGGCAGAAUUUAACGGAGAAGGAAUCGAAUUUGGCAUCCGUUGGAGAGAGAUUCACCUCGAUGGAGAAACAAUUGGCCGAGAGAGCGUUGGUGUUGUCGGAAAGGGAGGAAACGAUUCGGAGAUUGUCGUUGGAGAAUCAGAGAUGCGUGGAAACUAUCGAGGAGCUAAGUAAACGUUUGAACGAGUCCGCAGCAACCUCUGCGAACGAGUAUACUCUGCGUGUUCAAAUUUUGGAGCAGGAGGUGGAAAACGCGAGAUCUCUCCUAGACGAGAAAGAGGCGAUGUUGCGAAAGAACGCGCAACAGGCGGCAGAGUAUAGAGGAAUCGUAGAAAGAAACAGGAUCGAAUUGAGCGAACUUCGUACGGAGGCGCAGAAGGUUGAAGAUUUGAAGAGGGAAUUGUUGGGGAGGGGCGAGCAAUUGAACAGUUUGAGCUCGGAGCUGGAGGCGACCCGUAAAGUUUUGGAGGAAACCAGGCAGAAUUUGAACGAAAAGAUAUCCCUUCUCGAUCAAACUAAUCGGUUGUUGAACGAAAGACAAACGGAAAUCGAUAGAUUGUCCAGUUUGCAACAACAACAACAACAGGAUCGACGUAAUUCCACCAACAUGAUAGACGGUUUACCUGUGUUCAGAAUGGGGCAGAACGAGGAGCAAAAUUUACAGCAUACCAUAGACAAUAUGCAGGUUGAACUUGAGAAGAGGCAGGAAGAGAUCGAGCAUUUGAAAUAUAUUCUUAACGAGAACACGUAUCCGGGUAUAAUUCAAGAAAUGCAACAAAGGAUCAAUUGUUUGUACAACGAGAAGGCGGAGUUGGAAUCUUCAUUGGUGGCGAUCAAUGCAACGGCCGAGGAAAAGGAGAAGCAAAUCCACGCUUUGGAGCAACGUAUCGAGGCCGGGCAAAGCCAGGAAUACGUUUCCAAAGAAGAGGCGAGUCUUCGUUCCAGGGAUCGAAGAUCGAUCCAGGAACAGGAGCAAAUUGUCAGGCUUCAGAAUGAGUUGUACGCCAAGGAGCAAGAGAUCAACGAGCUCAAGUACGUCGUAGCUGAAAAAGAGUCUCAGCUGUCUGUCCAAGCCAGCAUGGAGCCUCAAUCGGACGAAUUUGAACUGCGCGAGAUGGUUCAAAGAUUGACUGCCGAGUUAUACGGUAAGGAAGAGGAAAUUAAACACGUGAAAUUAACGAUUGUCGAAUUGCAGAGGGAGGUAUCUCGUUUGCAAGAGUUCGAAACACUUUCGGAACAGACCAAAGACGCUGUGCAGAAGCUUGACGCGGAGAAGGAGCAGAUUCGUUUGGAGGGCGAGGAAUUCUUGGAGAGGAAGCUGAAAGAGAAGGAAAUGGAGAUCGAUGAGAUAAAGCGAAACUUGGCUAUGGAGAAUAAAAAAAUCUUGGACGAGUUAUCGUUCAGCAAUAGAGACAUUGAAAAUCUGAGAGGUCAGUUGAUGGAGUUGUCCACGACUGGGCAAAGAGCGAAGGAUGAAUUGCUCCGCAAGGAAGAGGAUCUGAUGCGGGUAAAUUCUGACUUGGCUGAGAAGGAACGAAGAUUAGCCGAGUUGAGCAUUACCAAAGAUGCAGAGCUUCACAAUUUGAAGAUACAAAUUUACGAGAAGGACGCGCGUAUAGAGGAACUCGUGUCGUUGUACGAGGAGGGAGAGAGGAGAUUUACCGAAUUGAAAAAUACAUUGGCGGCCAGAGAAAUCGAGAUCAAUUCGUUGAAGACACUUUUAGAGGAUAAAGUGAAGGAGUAUCAAUUAAUACAAAGCGUUUUAAAGAAAGACGUGUCUGUCCUCGAUACUUCUACAACCCCAAACACGGAAGCCUCUGAUGAGAAGAGUAAAGCUUCCACGUCGCAGGAAUUGGAUCUCGCGUUGUACAUGCUUCAUCAAAGAGACGUGAGAUGCGAGGAAUUGACGCACGAAUUGAUGCAGUUACUCGAAGAACGCGAUACGUUGCAAUUACGCCUCUCUAACGCGAUCAGGGUUAACGAAGACUUGAGGAAAGGUACCUUAACGAAUGUAGAGUUCAGCCCGAAAAAGGAGGCGUCCGCUUCUGAAGGCACUGUGGAGCCAAUUGUAGAACAUCCUUCACCAUCCAAGUCCGAGGGACCAGUCGAGAUAGCCAAAGAAGCUAUUGACGCACCGAUUGGGGAAAACAAGGAAAUCCUUGCCCAAAAUUUUCCCUUCAGGCUGUCACAACUGCAAACGGUGAGCCAUUCAAAAGAUGUGCGAUUGAGGGAUGAACGAGAGUUGAGACACACACAGCAAAUGUCUUUACUAGCGCACAAAGACGUUUUAAGUACUUUACCCCCUGAAGCAGCUGCCAGACUCGUCAAUGCAAAUUACACACUCUCUAGGGAUGUCCAGAGUCAAUCGAGUGUUUUGUUAAAUUGGCUAUGGGGAAAAAGUACACCAAAAGUGGUACAUAUGUGAUGGAAUACUAAUGAUGAGGUGAGGUGGACACUAUCCUUGCCUUCUGGAUACAUUCCUGCCAAGUGCCAACUGCCGAGACUAUUUCUGUAAUUAAACUAAAUCGAACAAGUGAAAAGCAAUUGAAAAUUUUGAUUAAUUCGUCGACACAUUGUGAAAGCAUCGACGUGAUUAAAAAAUGUGAUUCACGUAUUAUAUUGUCGUUCACUUCCUCAAAGGGUUCUAAAAAGUCACUCCUCUUCAGAGAAGAAGAGAAUGUGAGGAGAGGACUUAAUUGUAUUAUAAUCAUUGUAUAGUUGUCGUGUUUAGAUGAAUUAUAUACGAAAGAAAUUGCCUUAAAGAAAUGUAUAUUUCAGUUAUUUUAUUAGCCAUGAAAUUGUUAAUAGGGCGUAAGAUGUUUCUUGGGUAUCGAGAUUUGAUAUUCGAUACAAAUGUAUUUGUUCCGAUAAUAAUUCCUUUUAAUUUUUGCAAAUUUUUCCGUUUACCACUGGUCUGUUAUGCAAAUUAUCUGUGAUUUGUCAAUUAUUUAAUGGCACGAAUAUUUCUAUAAAAUGUUAUCGAUUGAAUCGAAAGAAUAAAUUUCUAACGAAAAAGUUGACAAAUCAUACGAUGAUUGAAACUUAAUAUUUUAAUUGUGAAAAUAAUUUUAUCAUUGGAAGUGCCGUAAUUAUUUGUUGCUUUUUAAAUAUGAUGAUUCGAACUUUCUAUUUCCACGAAAUAUUUUGUACAGAAAAAAGAAAGCGUCGUUGAAUAAAUAAAUUAUGAAACA